CUUCCUCUACUUUAUCAGUGCAUUACACUUUCCACAUCCUUCUGAAGCUAUCAUCAUCGAACGUUAACAUGAGAGCUCUUGUAUUGCUGUGUGUUGUGCAUGGAAUUUUUGGAGCUGCUGGCGCCUAUUCCUGGGAUGGACCAGGUACCACAGGGGCAUCCGACCAUGAUUGGUGUGCAAAUGAUGUUGGCUCUUGUGGCUGCUGUACGAUGGUGAAAGAACUUAACGUACUGGAGAAUCACUUUAACGGGAAGUUGGAGGCGCUGGACAGGGAAUACCAACGAACAAAGCAAAGUGUCAUGGCAAUCGAAGCCAGCCGCACCGCCUUCUCUGUGUCUCUGUUCAAUCAACAAAAGUGUUUUGGCCCCUUCAGAUCAAACACAAAUGUCAUCUACGAACAUGUCUUCAUCAACCUGGGUAAUGCCUAUAGCACAACGACCGGUAUCUUCACUGUUAUGUAUGCUGGUGUCUACAGCAUUGCCCUCACCGUCUACAGUGAUGCUGGUGCUACCGGUAUCCCCUUGAUUGCCUGUGCCACACUGCAAGUUAACGGUGCGGCAGUGGCAAGUAUCACAGACGUAAAUACAAAUGACCAAGAGGACAGCGGCACUACUGUUCUUGCCCUCCAACUGAAUUUCGGAGAUCAGGUGUCUGUCAACCUGCCACCUAAUUGUUACCUCUGUGAUGACCAGGACCACUAUAACACUUUCAGUGCCUUCCUGCUGUAUCCUACUGCAUAAUUAAAGAGGUGUAGUGUGCUAGGUUUUGUACCAACUCUUUCCUUACUAACAAGGUUGGAGUCUGCUAGAUAAAAUUUUCCUGCGGUGACUCAUCUCAGUCUGCUCACUCUGAGGCAAACCAGGUUUGAAAUCAAUCACGCCUGACGUGUAACCCAUGACAAACCUCAAAGCAUGAGAAUCAUUGUUUUGUAAAAGCUCCUCUUUUUUCUUUCUGAAAUGAUUGUAAUGUUUGAGAGA